AUGGCUCUCAUGCGGGAAGCUGCGAAAGAGAAGGAAUUAGCAGUGAAGAGACGAGAGCUGCUUCUUCUUCCUCCCAGUAGCUUCGAGUUGGAAAAUGGCUCCGUGUUUAUCGUCGGUUGUUCUGUGAUCUCAUUCAAAAUUUGUCUCCACAGUAACCAUCUCUUCUCUUUCACUCCCAAAUCCCACAACACUCUUGAGAAAAGCAGAGAUCUUGAGUUUGAUUUCUGGGUUCCGAGUAAAAUGAGAAACCACCACAGCAGAAACUGUGAUCCUGACUCGCCAACUCUGUGGAAGCGCGAAAAAAUGUCGAUAAGUAUUGCCAAAGAUCACCACUACAGCAAUCUCUCUCCUUCAACAAGGACUCGCAGGAUCGAAGAAGGAAGAAGAGAAAUGAUGGAGAUGAUCCGGAACUUGCCCGAGUCGAGUUACGAGCUUUCCCUCAAAGAUAUUGUGGAUAAGCAGCUACCUUUGCAGGAGAAUCAAGAGGAGGAAGAGGAAAAAUUUCAGUUUCGCAGUGCCGAGGCAGAGUCAAAUAAGAACCAGAAGAGGAAGAAGAGGAACAAAGUCACGAGGACCCCUAGUCAUCAGCAUCAUCAGCAUCAGGUGUCAAGAUGUAAUGGCAUGGAAACAGGAACUUUCCUGAUCAAGAUGUUUUUCCCAUCUUUCUUGGCAUUGAAUAAGAAACCAGCAACAUCACAGAACAGCAGGUCGAAGAUUUCGCCGAGGACAUCAUUUGAAGGGUCUGAUCAGAGGAAUGUGGACACGGCGUCUAGGAUUAAAAUGAGUCCCGUCGCAGGAGAUCAGGGGAGUCGCAAUCGAGAUAUAACUGAAAGUGGUACCAGAAGGAGCAAGAGCUAUACAAGCAGGCAGGAACUUGAAUAUUUUUCAAUAUGACAUUCUAUUUGUGGAUUUUUGGUUAUUCACCUUUCUACUGACUGAGUAAUAUCCUAGCCAUAUUGCCAGAAAAGGUAAGUUUUCUUGGAGAAACUGCACAUCGUUUCAUUUAAAAUUGAGAAAGAUGGUAUCUCUAUUGAGCCCCAAAGCACAAUUUUUAUUCUUCACCAGUAGCAAUCCUGUUAUUGAGUCUUGAACAACAUGCUGAUUUGGUCUGCAAAUAACAGAAAAUGUUUCAAAUCGAACUAUGCCAGUUCUAACCUUUUGAUCUACUUUCAAUUUUGUUUGUUCGAUUUGAAAUUAAAACUUUACAUUUUAGUAAGAAAUUAUACUCUUACCAGCAGUUGUAAAAGCGUACGAUUCCUACCUUUAUGCAGGAACCAUGACGGCGAUUCUUUCCUGGGUUGCUGGCCUUUUUCCGGAACAGAAGGCAAAAUGCAGAGCUGAGAGCACGUGUUUCCAGAUUUCCUCUGCCACCUGCACAUGAAGGUAUAAUCAGAGAUUGAUUUUACCUUCAGAAUCUAGAGAUAUACUCAAACAGCAGAAGGGUGUCCACAGUUUGAUUAAGCUGGUUUGAUUAUCUCGGCUCUGAUGAAGAUUUGGCUAAUCAGUCCAAGAAAAAUCUAAUGCUAGUGAAGUUUUAGAUUUCUGUAGAGACUACGCAGGCCUUAACUUGCCUCAUCGUGAUCACGAGUAGGUGAGUUAUUAGUGGCUGAGAAUAUGUAUCAUCAUUAUGUGACAAAACUAAGGAUCGCAUAAACUGGAUGCCGUUUCUAUUUUUUCAUUUAAUGGUACCUGUGCUGUACACCAAGAAUAAAACAGAUGAACAAGAACUAUGCAAAGUGAUCAGAUAGAGCUUGCGUGCCAAAAAAGGAGAACAAUCGAGGCUGGUUUAAGAGGAUUAGUGGGGCUAAGUUCUUCCUCUGAAUGGAGGGGAUGAAUUAGCCAGACAGGGACGCCUGUAAUAAGUGGGAAUUCAUUUAGAAAGAAGGAAGAAGAACCGUACGAUCAAAUAAGUACAGAUUAGCUGAGAAUCCAUUGUCUGCUGUUUUCUUAAUCGGAUUGCUCAACAUGGGUCUAACAAGGUUGAAAGAUCCGGUGUUCUUUUUGUUUUUUCUAGGAAUUGGCACAUCUACAUCUAAAGGAUUCCUGGUACGUGCGGCUUUUCUGGACUUGAAUACACUUUUUUUUGCCGUCUGAGACAUCCAGCACCCGUGCAAUAUGGUUGGAACAUUGAUCCUAUGAAUUCGUCUCGGUUGAAGUACCAAGGUUCGGCGGAAUAUGAUUGGAUGGUCAUCCUCACAGUUGGAACAUCAAACAUAGUCUCAUCUGCUGCAACACGCAACGAGCACUCGUCUAAGCUGCACGAGGGUGUGGUGGUGGAAGCACCGUCCUCUCAUGCAGAACAACAAUCCAAAGUACUUUGGCUCUCUAGCUACAUUUCCUUGCCCGAAAUGGCUGAUAGAGAAAUAUUAGAGGGACUCAAAUAAUGUGGUGAACAUACUCAAUUAUAAUAUUAAAUCUACAUAGAAAUUUGCAUUUUCUUAGUGGGA